AUGAAUCUAUACGGGUUGACAACCCCACCCGUGGUUGCUAGCUCCGAUGAUGCAAAAGAAACAAUCCAAGAAUGCGUAUCCGAAUACAUAAGCUUUGUCACUGGUGAAGCCAAUGACCGAUGCCAACGUGAGCAAAGAAAGACCAUCACAGCUGAAGAUGUCUUGUGGGCCAUGAGCAAAUUAGGGUUUGAUGAUUACAUUGAGCCACUGACUGUGUAUCUCCACCGCUACCGUGAGUUUGAUGGUGGUGAACGUGGGUCCAUAAGGGGUGACCCACUGAUUAAACGAACCGCUGACCCAGGUCCAUAUGGGAUGGGUCCUUUUGUGCAUGGGUUUCAUAUGGGUCAUCAUCAUAAUGGGUUCUUUGGUCCUGCUAGCAUUGGUGGGUUCUUAAAGGACCCAUCAAGUGGUGGGCCUUCUGGAGCAGCUACAGUUGCAGGUUUUGAACCGUAUGCUCAGUGUAAAGAGUGA